AUGGCCUUCUACUCGAAAAAGGUUGAGCCACAAAGGCAAAUAAUUUGUCCUUUUUUGAAGGACAAUAUCACAAACGUGGAAGUUGUGAGCUCAAGAUAUAACCACUGGACGUUGAUAACUACGAUAAAUAUAAACCCCGAAGAAAUGGAUGAAGACGAGGCUCGUGAUGCAGAUCUUAUUAUUGUUGUAGCUUUUCAUUUGGAUGUAAUAUUAGAUAUUCAAUCCUGA